UCCGGAGAGUGUUCACGCUGUGUGUGGACCUGCACCACUGGCAGGCUGGUGAUAUUUCUUGAGCGCUGGUGUCACGUUCCACCGAGUCAGUUUGCUUCGUUACAGCGUGCCAAUCGGACGGAACGGCACCUUCGUCGUACGGAGGGAUUAGAGUAAAGAGUCCAGCAGUUCGGCGGAGUGUCUAGAGAUCGACGUUUCCCCGUUGUGGAGUGUGAUGUAGUUUCUGUGUGUAUCCCGCGCGCGUUUUGGAACUGUGCAGAGUGUGUAUCGAUUUAUUCAUCAAUUUAAUAUCUCCAUCAGUGCUGUGGUGGCGGUGGCGGCUGCUGCUGCCUUGAGAACCGCUAGAAUAGCUAGAACCGCCAGUCCAGUCACUGGAACGCGGACGGAGGAAAAAGGGCCAGGCCUUAGAGAGUUGGCCAGAUAUUUGCGUAUUCGCGCGUAUCCGACGUCUCGUCCGUCGCGACUUGUGCAAACCGGCGUAAAGUGAGUGUGUGUUUGUACGCAAAUGUGUGUGUUUGUUUGCCCUGGACCGCAAAGCCCCCGGGGAAGAAGAAAUCGAACCUGCCAACUACUGUUUUGGAGUGGCUGCUACCGUGAUUUUUCACGUCGCGCGACGGCUUACGCAUCGGCUUAAGCGGAAUUAGAGCGCCGAAGCCGUCCCCGUAUGCGAGUUUGGCUACAAAACACCGUUCAACCUUUGGAGCCGCUUUCCAGCAAGUGAGGAGGAGUGAUUUUCAUUGAUGGAGUUGAAUAAGAUUAACGCGCUUCUUGAAGCACAGUGAAGUUAGAUAGUUGGUAGUUCAGUCCGGCUGCAGAUAAUAUGUAUUGCUGUGUGAAAAUGUCCCUACAAUUAGUGUUUUUCGGUGUGAUAUUGGUGUCUUCCGUGAGGCAGAUCGCCGCUGCAGAAUCCGUAUUGUCUGGCUUCAGAGAAGCCUGCACGAACGAAGGUGAAGAGGUCAAAAUCAACAUGGCAUGCUUCAGAUGCAUCUGCAAGAACAACUUUGUGGAAUGCGAACAAGAGAGCUGCCCUGCUGUUGAUGAUUGCUACUUUUACAACAAAAAAAUUCCUGGUCGGUGUUGUGAUAAAUGCAUAGGUUGCUUACACGAGGGCAGAAUGAUCGACAGUGGCACAGAAUGGACCGAUCCGGACGAUCCGUGCGAUCACUACAAGUGCGUGUCCGGAGUGGUCACUCGGUCGCGAAUAAAGUGCCACACGCCGUGCUCAAGUCCACUUCCGCUGAAGCACGGCCAGUGCUGCCCAAUAUGCUUAGGCUGCCAGCUGAACGGCCAACAGGUGACGGACGAGGCCACCCUGAGUGAGGACCCGUGCGUCAAGUGCACCUGCGACGGGCGCCGCAAGCUGACGUGCAUGAAAAAGUCCUGCCCGGUGCUGCAGUGUCCGGCCUCGAAGCAGAUCCGGCUGCCGGGUGAGUGCUGUGCCCGGUGUAAGGAACGCCGCGAGGAGGUCAAAAUUCCCCAACGGCACUGCAUCAUCGGCAAGGGGGUGCACGUGCACGGCAAGACGUACCAGGCGGACCAGUGCGCGACCUGCGAGUGCCGCAACGGGACGUCGUUCUGCGAGAAGAACACCUGCCCGGUGCUGGAGUGUGCCGUGGCCGACCAGAUCCAGGAGCCGGGCGAGUGCUGCCCGUCGUGUCCGAUGCAGGCGGAGUUUUUCCGAACCACGUGCACGGUUGGUGGGCAGGUUUAUCAGAACGGUGACACGUGGAGCUUGAGUGCGUGUGCUUCGUGUGAGUGCAAGGCUGGCGAAGUUCGCUGUGCGAAAAUUCAGUGCACCAAGCCAAAGUGCAAGCCCAAUGAGACGCUAGUGACCGCGAAGGAUGAGUGCUGUCCGAAAUGUGUGGAAAUCCCGGGCGUUUGCACGGUGUUUGGAGACCCACACUACAAGACGUUCGACGGGAACUUUUACAGCUUUCAGGGUUCGUGCAAGUAUCAGCUGGUAUCGGACUGUAAGGAGCACACCUUUUCGAUUCGUGUUACCAACGAUGCAAGGUUGACCAAGUCGUCGUCGUGGACCAAGACGGUUACGCUGAAGCUCGGAAAUUUGAAGGUCAAUUUGGGCCAGAAGAUGAGGGUUAAGGUGAACGGGACAAAGGUUGAUCCUCCGUACAAGCUGGGAAGUGUGCUAGAUGUGUACAAAAGUGACGAAGGAACGGAAGUGAUUGUGAGCACGGAACAAGGAAUCAAGCUCACGUGGGACGGAAAUAACUUUAUUCAGGUGGAAGUUCCUGCUAGUUAUAAGAACAAGCUGUGUGGUUUGUGUGGUAAUUACAACAGCGUUUUCCGGGACGAUUUGUUUUCGCGAACUGGAGUCAACAUGACGAAUAAUGUGUGGAAAUUUGCGCAGUCUUGGGCAGUUGGAGGCGAGAAAGCAUGUACUCGUCCUCGGAAGAAGGAACUGGCCGCUAAGAAUUCGCAGUGUAAAACGAAGAAAUUCUUCACCUUCUGCAAGAUCCUUAAAACGGACAUCUUUGGCGAUUGCAACUCGCAGCUGAAUCCGGAGAACUACUUCGAGUCGUGCAAGUUCGACAUGUGCGAGUGUCCACACAAGCAGUGCUACUGCGACAGCCUGGCCGCGUAUGCCCACGAGUGCAAAAGGCAGGGCAUCCAGCUGAAAAACUGGCGGCGGGAUACGAACUGCUAUCCCAACGCGACCAAUUCGCUCAUCUCGCCAUACCACCAUCUGCUGAUGCAACAGCAGCAGCAACCUUCGACGUCACUGGAGAAGGUCAAACAUCUCCAGCAGCAAAACAAUGCGAUAUCUCGACCCAACCAACGGCAUCGAAAGAAAACUCGAAGGCCCAAGCUGGCGAUAGAUCCGACGUCCCGAAGAGCACCACCGCCACUGUUUUCCUAGAUAUUUAUUUUAAAUUGUAAUUUAAACAAAUUCACACACACACACACUCACACAAAUACAACUUACCAGUUCAGUGAGGAAGCAUCGUCAUGUGCAAGUGCAAAUGGGAUUGAAUGAUUGCGAGAGACGAGGGGCACGGGGGAAGUGGACACCUAUUCAUUAAGUUUUUUAGCAACUUUGGACCUUUACUGCGCCAACACGCAUAACUUAUUGCUUUUCUCUUACUCAACCGCGGGCAGCGUCCGAGGUUUUACUACUAUUAUUUUUGACAAAUAUAGGCCAAACCAAGCAAAUCUAUGAUCGAAACUCACUACCCUAGUAGACGUAAUAACUUAAAUUGAUUGUGUAAAUAUAGUUUUAGAGGCCAAUCUCAUCCUUAUUUAGGGCGCUAAGUUUUAAAGGAUAUUUUGUACAUUUUUUAGUUUUAUUCGUAGAACGGUUCUAUUUACUUACAAACAAUCGUAUCGUUGUACAGUUUUAAUUAGGCUUUCAUAAAAUUUCAUCAGUAUUUAUUUUAUUAUUCACCGAACAAGUUAGUUUAAGGAAAACUGUAGAAAUAAAUCAAAAUGUAGCUUUGCAAAAUGCCAAAUUAGCCAACAAACCGUCAAAUGCCAGUGAAAACAUGUUUGUUUAAGUUAACCAUCAGGCAAAACGAACGACUAUUUGUGAAAUCACAAACAACCAUGCGUUCCCAUGAAAUCAACCAAGUGCAACUGCCGCUCUCAUAAUGUAUCCAAGCCAGUAAACCACGCGCUUCUGAGACCGUUUGCCGCGAGUGCCGCUGUUUUUUCGGCCAGUUCCAAAGUCCAUAAGUCAAAAUAAUACAUUUUACGAGGGAGGGGGGGGGGGCACCAAACAGGUGUUUUGUGUUCCUAAUUAUACCCAUUUGAUUAUGCCUCCGCUUCCUGGGAAAGUGAACUCCUCAACCCCUCAAGCGUCCUUUCCCCAAGAAUGGCGGCACCGACUGUAGGAACAAUAAAAUAUCACCUUGUUGCUACUCUUUUUCACACUUACCUUGGGGCGUGUUGGCGUCAUUGCAGCCGGGAUGGCACCCCCCGUCUGGCACACUUUCUGUGGGGCGGUGCCGAUCUAAACACAUGCUCCCCCCCACGGCCGUGCGGCGGUGGUUGUUUAGUCUAAACGGUGCGAACUGUUUACCGUCAAUUUAUUGUCCGAUACAACUCGGGGCUCAGAGACGGCGCGCAAUCAGGAUAUCAAAGUGCGAGAGGGAGUAAAUUUGGCCAGCAAAGUGAUUUUAGGCCGAAAGUACAUCUUUUUUGCCUGCAACUUGAUUUUACUGGUGAAAUCAACAGUCAAUGUUGCCUUGUCUUGUAAUAAUGUGCAAAGCUAUUUAAAUACCUUGGAAUAGUUUUUUUUUUUCGCUAGGUAUGCUUACUAGAUCUAUGUGUAGGUGGUUGGAAUUCACACGAAAACACACAAUCAUUGGCGGGCUCUAUUGCAAGAUUCCUACUCGGUCCUAGGCGGCCGAAUACCUAUUCUGAUCAAACACCUAUCUUCAGCAUAUGCAGAGUUAUUCGAUAAAAGCUCCAAAAUAACUGUUUCGGCCAUAAACAUACCAGCAACAGCUCAUUGUACUCAGAAAAAUAAGCCUUAUAUUUGUGAACAAAUUUAUAACAAAAUGGCACAAUUUGAAGACCCAAUUAAAGGCUUAGACGUCAAAAAAUAAUGGAAAUAUAAUAUGCGCACUGUCGUACAAAAGGUGUCGAGGUGUGGAAUCGCCAAAAACACGUGCAGUUUGAAUUAAAAAAAAAAUAGUCAGGGCCGAAUGAUAUUUCUCUAAAGUUUGUAUGGAGGGCACUUCAUCGCUGUUGCAUACAAGCAAAAAUUGCAGGCAAUAUGUGGAAGUAUCGAACAGCACUAAUUCUCCAUACAAACUUUGGAGAAACCCCAUUCGGCCCUGAACAAAUAUUUUUGAAAAAUUCAAAGUACAUCUGUUAUGUUGUUCGGUGUAAUACAGCACCAGAAUGAUCCUUUGCAUGAUCAAAUGAUGUACUUCGAUAUCAUCUUAACUGCAAAUCUUUUAAUAGCGCUCUAAAAUGCCAACAAAUUAAGCAAAGCAAAGUUAAGUAAAACUCCCAUAUUUCAGACCAGAUCUUUUCUACUAUGAUGAAAGUUACCUCCUGAGCCAAUGAUUAGAGAUGGUUUGCUUAGACCUUUUCGUCGAUUUACCUGAAAUCCAAACUUUUUGACAAACUUAAGCUUGUGAUGUGCGUAAACCUGGGACAUUUUUUAAGGUCAAAUGAAUUAAUUAUGUGUUUUUUAUGUUGCUGAAUACCCCUUACUAAAAGCGAUUUCAAAAACAUUCAAAAUAAAAAACUGACUUUUCCAAACAGAAAUUACCAUCAAGUGAUUGAAAAUAAAUUAAUAUAGGAAGUGUAAGUAAAAAGCACACCCAAAAGUUGACUCUCAACAAAUUGUAUUUUUUAUUUUUAUUUAAAGGGUUCUUCAUUCCAAUCCUUUUGAAGAAUAAAAAUGGGUUGAAAAUGGAUUUUUGCGAUUUUUUAGAUCGAAGCCCGUCUAGAAGCGGAGUUGGGAUGUAAAAGGUUUAAUAAAGAGCAUACACAAAAAGAAGAAAUGUAUAAAGUUUAGGUUUGUUUUACACUAUUUUUGACAUUUUGCAAAGCUAAUUCGGUAUGAACAAAUAUCAUGCCAAAUAAAAUCUUUUAAAAGUAUUAUUGUUAUAAUCUAAAUCCAAGCGAAACUGGCAGAUAUUUUUGUUAAGAAUCAAAGGAUUACUACAUCAACGCAUUGGAACGGGUGUACCCCAUUUGGCAUAAUGGACAUUUGGCAUAACGGGUUUUCAAGAAGGACGUUUGGCAUAAUGGACGUUUGGCAUAAUUGGUCCAAGACAUCAGGGACGUUUGGCAUAAUGGACAUUUGGCAUAAUGGACGUUUGGCAUAACUUGUUUAAAAACCAUCAAGGACGUUUGGCAUAAUGGACGUUUGGCAUAACUCGUUCAAAAACCAUCAAGGACGUUUGGCAUAAUUAUUGCUAUCUUUUUUUGUUUUAUUAAAUUAGUAUUUAUUUUCUGUAAAGUAUAAUAAUUUAUAGCUUUUUUCCUAUUUUCUACACAGAUAAUUUUACUUUAAAAGAUGAUUUUUUUUAAAGAUAUCAUGUAUCUAUUUUCUUUCAAUAGAUGUUAUAUUUCCCCUUUUUGAAAUAUAAAGCUUUAAAAUGCAUUUUUUCAUAAAUUUAUUUAAAAUAUUUUUUUAGAAAGAUUCUAAAUAAUAUUAAAAAUUUUCUCCUUUUGAAUAACUUUGCAGCUAAUUUUUUGUAUGAUAUUUUUCCUUCUUUUAUUUUAAAUUCAACUAUCAAUGAGAUGGCAGUUUUGCCAGUCUUUAAAUAUUUUGCAAUCAAGAUUUUAUACUAUUUUCCCUUUUCCCUCCUUUUUAGAAUUCAACCUGAAGAAUGUAUGAAUAUUUUGCUCUGCUUUAAAGAAAUGCAAUUAAGAUUUUCAAAGCAAUUUUCUCUUCUUUUAUUUUAAAACUAAAAGAAGGCAAAAUCUCUCAAAAGAUCUGCAGUUUGUUUUUUUUUUUUUUUUUCAAUAUUUUGCAAUUAUUUUUUUUAUGCAAUUUUCCCUUCUUAAAUAAUCAACCUAAAUAAGGGAAGUACAUUUUUUCUUACUUUAAAUAUCUGACAAAUAAGUAGUUAUGAAAUUUUCCCUUGUUUUAUUUUAAAUUCAACUUUUAGAAAGGAAAAUCUCUAAAAAAAAACUUUUUGGAUAUUUGACAAUUGAGUUUGUUUAUGAAAUGUUCCCUUCUUUUAUAUAAAAUUCAACUUAUAGAAGAAAAAGUUUCUUUACAGAUUCACAAUUUGCUACUCUUUAAACGUUUGAUAAUCGCUUUAUUUUUAUGUUUUCACCUACCUCUAUUCAAAAUAUCAAUUUAAUUGAACAAUUAUCCCUUCUUUAAGAUUAGUUUUAAAUAUAUACAAGAAGGGAAAAUUGCAUAAACAACUUUAUUGCAAAAAAAUAAAGCAACAGAGAAAAAAUGUGCAAAAAUGAUAGAAAUGUUUAAAGAGAACAUCUAUAAGACAAUUUCCCUUCUUAAAGUUGAAUAUAAAAAAGAUGGGGAAAUUGCAUAAAAAACUUAAUUGAAAAUAUUUAAAGAAUAGCAAAAUCGACAUCCCUUCACCCAAAAUACAGGGUCAAGAGUAUUGUUCCAUCAACAUUUAUAGGAGUUCAAUGCUAAACUCGAUAGAAUAAUGGUUCCAACUCAUACCUGCAAAACAAUUAAUUUCAUUAAUUGAUUAAAACAGUAAAUCUUCAACAAGAGUCAUACAUCGACAUCUGACUACUCUUGUGUCACCAAGCUGUUGUGGCCAAGGCAGUUUAGUCAUUGAGUUAUUAUAUUAAAGGUCCCUGGUUCAAUUCCCGUAGACAACACUUCUGGAGUUUUUUUUAUAAGGUCCAAUAAACCAAAUUUCCAGUUUUGCUUUUUGGGUGUUUUUGAAACCGCCUUGAGUCAGGGUUAUUUAAAAACACUCAAAAAGCAAAAACUGAAAAUUUGGUUUAUUGGACCUUUUUUUAAAAAAAGCUCCAGACUUUUUGUUUUGAAGGAUGAACUUUUUCUUAGAAUGGACUCGAGGGCAUAAUUCUCUCAGUCAUCUAGAACUGUGUUCUCUGUGUCUGUAAAUUUUACCGCUACUCUCGUGUCGGACGAGUGCUGCCCAGUUCUGGGUGUUCUUUAGGUUGAAUUCGAAAAAAGAAGGGACAAAUGUGAAUUUAUCUACAGAUUUUUCCUUCUUCUAGUUAAAUUAUGAUCAAAAGAAGGGAAAAUUGCAUUAUAACAGCUCAAUUGUCGAAGAUUUGAAGAGGUUUUUUCAUCUUUUAGUUGAAUUUCAUAAAAAAGAAGGGAAAAUUUUAUUUAAAAAAUAUUAUUGCUAAUUAUACUGAAAGGGGAAAAAUGUAAAGCUAACAAGAGAUAUUUCCUUCAUUAAACUAAAUUUUCAAUAAAAUAUCGCGAUUUCAUGAAAAAAUUUAUUGUGAAUAAUAAUCAAAAAGGGAAAAAAUACUAUUUGGGAAAUAAUAUAGACAUACCAAAUUUUCGAAAAAACAAAUAAUAAUCUCUUAAAGAUAUAAAAAAGGUAAAUAAACAAUACAUUUUCAUUCGUGAAAAUAAGAAAUACUCAUAAAAAAAAAAAACAAAAAAAUCUAGAAAUAACUAUGCCCAACGUCCAUUAUGUCAAACGUCCUAGAUGAUUUUUAAACGAGUUAUGCCAAACGUCCAUUAUGCCAAAUGUCCAUUAUGCCAAACGUCCUCGAUGGUUUUUGAACAAGUUAUGCCAAACGUACGUUAUGCCAAAUGUCCAUUAUGCCAAACGUCUCUUAUGUCUUGGAGCAAUUAUGCCAAACGUCCAUUAUGCCAAACGUCCUUCUUGAAAACCCGUUAUGCCAAAUGUCCAUUAUGCCAAAUGGGGUACACCCCAUUGGAACGCUACUCUGAAUGUCUGAAUCAAAUAAAACAUAGCUCUCUCAACAAUGUAUUUAACAGAAAACAAGCAUGCCGUACUUUUAACAUAAAAUCCAGUCAUUGCACUCAGAAAGUAUUACAACAAUAUUCUCUUUACAAACACAAUCGAUCGAAACGUUCUGUUGAAACGGAAAAAAUUAGCUAACAAAUUUUUCAACUACAAGCACUUGUUACAUUCCAUUUCAUUUCCCCCACUCUAAACAAACCACACCCUAAUAAUACUAGAAUAGUGAAAUUAUCAACAAACGUCAGCGAUUGAAAAUUUCCAUUCAUGGACCGACAAUAAAGCGACGAAAAAAUCAAAUCUGAUGUCCUCGAACAAAUGCAGAAAAUCAUUAGCACAAAUCCCAGUGAACUUUUAUUUACUGAAAUAUUAACUCAACCUCUACGCAACGAAUUGAAGUAAACCUUAACCGAGAUUACCAGUGCGCAUUUACUGUGCAAACGUUUUAAACUAGUAAAAAACACACUCCCAUACUUACAUACAGAGAAAUAAAUAGAAAACGAGUUUAAUCAUUGAUCAAAAACAGAAAUCACUAGACGAGUAAUGCUUACCAAUAUCUACUUUACGCCGCUGCUUUGCACAAAAGUGUACUUUUAGUUUAAACUUCAUUUAGGUUUCCUAGCUUAGACCAUCCCAAAUAAAACAACGAAUGCAAUUAGAAGAACCGAACGCAACAACUUAAAACGAAAUAAACGUAACUGAUUACUUAGUUGAUCUAGUGCACCCAAUUCAGUGGGGAAUAGCGGUGGAAAUUGUUGUAUUGAUAUGUGCAACGGUAAUGAUCUCUUAAAAACGAAACAAUUUAAUAAUAAAUAUACGAAACUAAACCGCACUUGAGGCACAAAGAAAAUUUGAAGAAAAAGCAAAGGUUGAACCUCGGUUGUUGAAGCAAGUCAAAAUUUUCGACAAGAUGAUCCCAUACACAUACACAUAACAAAACACGAUGUUAAUAUAGCAUAACUAGCAAUAGAUUUAUUCUGAAGUUCAUCGAAAAUGGGGAGGGACAGCCGUGAUUGAGGUACUUUAUAGACAAAUAAUAUGAAUUAUAAGCGAUUGCAUUGUUCCUAUGUUGUAUUUGUGCGCAAACAAAAUGAAGUAAAGAAUAUGAUACAGGUGUCAUUGAUGUAAAAACAAAUAGAUUUUGAUGAAAUCUGUAUUUAAUUAUAUUUAACUGAUAAACAGUGAAAAUAAAAACAAUAGUAUUAAUAA